UCCGGGCGUCGCUUGUGCUUCCCCUUCCCUCCCUCACGCUUCUUCCCCUCCCCCUGCUCCCUUUCCCCUUCGCUUUCGUUCUUUCCCUGGGAGGCCGACCCCCGCCCGAGGAGCGAGUCUGGGGUCCGCGCGGCGGCGGGCGCUGCUGCGGCCGGAACGGGGGGCGCGAAGCAGGCUGUGCACGGAGAGGGCGGCAGCAUGUCCUCCCUCCCGGGGUGUAUCGGUUUGGAUGCCGCCGCCUCAGUGGAGUCUGAAGAGAUUGCAGAGCUGCAGCAAGCGGUGGUCGAGGAACUGGGCAUCUCCAUGGAGGAACUCCGGCAGUUCAUCGAUGAAGAGCUGGAGAAGAUGGACUGCGUACAGCAGCGCAAGAAGCAGCUAGCAGAGUUGGAGACGUGGGUAAUACAAAAGGAAUCUGAGGUGGCCCAUGUUGACCAGCUCUUCGACGAUGCAUCCAGGGCAGUGACUAAUUGUGAGUCUUUGGUGAAGGACUUCUACUCCAAACUCGGACUACAAUACCGUGACAGUAGCUCUGAGGAUGAAGCUUCCCGGCCUACAGAAAUAAUUGAGAUUCCUGAUGAAGAUGAUGAUGUCCUCAGUAUUGAUUCAGGUGAUGCUGGGAGCAGAACACCAAAGGACCAGAAGCUCCGUGAGGCUAUGGCUGCCUUGAGAAAGUCUGCUCAGGAUGUCCAGAAGUUCAUGGAUGCUGUCAACAAGAAGAGCAGCUCCCAGGACCUGCAUAAAGGAACCUUGAGUCAAAUGUCUGGAGAACUGAGCAAAGAUGGUGACCUGAUAGUCAGUAUGCGCAUUCUGGGCAAGAAGAGAACUAAGACGUGGCACAAAGGCACCCUCAUUGCCAUCCAGACGGUUGGGCCCGGAAAGAAGUACAAGGUGAAAUUUGACAACAAAGGAAAGAGUCUGCUGUCGGGAAACCAUAUUGCCUAUGAUUACCACCCUCCUGCUGACAAACUGUAUGUGGGCAGUCGAGUGGUGGCCAAAUACAAAGAUGGCAGUCAGGUCUGGCUCUAUGCUGGCAUUGUAGCCGAGACACCUAACGUCAAAAACAAGCUCAGGUUUCUUAUCUUUUUUGAUGACGGCUACGCUUCCUACGUCACACAGUCAGAACUGUAUCCCAUCUGCCGGCCACUGAAGAAGACCUGGGAGGACAUAGAGGAUAUCUCCUGCCGAGACUUCAUCGAGGAGUACAUCACCGCCUACCCCAACCGCCCCAUGGUGCUGCUCAAGAGCGGCCAGCUCAUCAAGACCGAGUGGGAGGGCACGUGGUGGAAGUCCCGCGUCGAGGAGGUGGACGGCAGCCUCGUCAGGAUCCUCUUCCUGGAUGACAAGAGGUGUGAGUGGAUCUAUCGGGGCUCUACCCGGCUGGAACCCAUGUUCAGCAUGAAGACGUCUUCAGCCUCUGCCCUGGAGAAGAAGCAAGGGGGACAGCUCAGGACGCGUCCAAAUAUGGGUGCUGUGAGGAGCAAAGGGCCUGUGGUCCAGUAUACCCAGGAUCUGACAAGUACUGGAACCCAGUUCAAGCCUAUGGAGCCCCCCCAGCCCACAGCCCCACCCGUCCCACCCACCCAGCCUACCCCACCUGCCCCACCUCUGUCACCCCAGGCAGGUGACAAUGAGAGCUUGGAAAGCCAGCUUGCCCAGUCACGGAAGCAGGUGGCCAAAAAGAGCACCUCCUUCCGGCCAGGAUCCGUGGGCUCUGGUCACUCCUCCCCUACGUCCCCUGCACUCAGUGAAAGUGUCCCUGGUGGGAAGCCUGUGGUCAACCAGGCGUAUCGGUCACCUGUAGGCUCAACAACUUCAGCCACAGCACCCCCAGCACCUCCGGCCCCCCAAGUCCCUCAAGCCCCCCCGGCCCCCCCAGCCUUCCAUGGCAUGCUGGAGAGGGCGCCAGCAGAGCCCUCCUACCGAGCACCCAUGGAAAAGCUUUUCUACUUACCUCAUGUCUGCAGCUAUACUUGUCUGUCUCGGAUCAGGCCGAUGAGAAAUGACCAGUACCGCGGCAAAAACCCUUUGCUGGUGCCGCUACUGUACGACUUCCGGCGGAUGACAGCGCGGCGCCGAGUUAACCGAAAGAUGGGCUUUCACGUUAUCUAUAAGACGCCCUGUGGCCUCUGCCUUCGGACAAUGCAGGAGAUCGAACGUUACCUUUUUGAGACUGGCUGUGACUUCCUUUUCCUGGAGAUGUUCUGUUUGGAUCCAUAUGUUCUUGUGGACCGGAAGUUUCAGCCCUAUAAGCCUUUUUACUACAUUUUGGACAUCACCUGUGGAAAGGAAGAUGUUCCCUUAUCCUGUGUCAAUGAAAUUGACACAACCCCUCCACCCCAGGUGGCCUAUAGCAAGGAGCGAAUCCCGGGCAAGGGUGUUUUCAUUAACACGGGCCCUGAAUUUCUGGUUGGCUGUGACUGCAAGGAUGGAUGCCGGGACAAGUCCAAGUGUGCCUGCCACCAGCUGACUGUCCAGGCGACGGCCUGCACACCAGGUGGCCAGGUUAACCCUAACUCUGGCUACCAGUACAAGAGACUGGAGGAGUGUCUGCCCACAGGAGUCUAUGAGUGUAACAAGCGCUGCAAAUGUGACCCCAGCAUGUGCACCAACCGGUUGGUUCAACACGGACUGCAGGUUCGGCUCCAGCUGUUCAAGACACAGAACAAGGGCUGGGGCAUCCGCUGCCUGGAUGACAUUGCCAAGGGAUCCUUCGUCUGUAUCUACGCAGGCAAAAUCCUGACAGAUGACUUUGCUGACAAAGAAGGCCUGGAGAUGGGUGAUGAGUACUUUGCCAAUCUGGACCACAUCGAGAGUGUGGAGAACUUCAAGGAAGGCUACGAAAGCGACGCCCCCUGUUCCUCUGACAGCAGCGGUGUAGACUUGAAGGACCAGGAAGACGGCAACAGUGGCACGGAGGACGCCGAGGAGUCCAACGAUGACAGCUCCGAUGAUAACUUCUGUAAGGACGAGGACUUCAGCACCAGCUCCGUGUGGCGCAGCUACGCCACCCGGCGGCAGACGCGGGGCCAGAAGGAGAACGGGCUCUCUGAGACGGCCUCCAAGGACUCCCGCCCCCCAGACCUCGGACCCCCCCACACGCCCGUCCCUCCAUCAGCCCCUGGAGGCGGCUGCAAUCCACCUUCCUCUGAAGAGACUCCUAAGAACAAGGUGGCCUCGUGGCUGAGCUGCAACAGUGUCAGUGAGGGUGGCUUUGCCGACUCCGACAGCCGCUCUUCCUUCAAGACCAGCGAGGGUGGGGAGGGCCGCGCCGGGGGCGGCCGAGGGGAGGCCGAAAAGGCUUCCACCUCGGGUGUGGGCAUCAAGGACGAGGCUGACAUCAAGCCAGCCAAGAAAGAGGACCCAGAUGACCGGAACAAGCUGUCACUCAGUGUUCCUGAAAGCUCCCGAAAUUAUGGUUACAAUCCUUCCCCCGCGAAGACUGAAGGACUCCGCCGCCCACCCAGUAAGACCAGCAUGCACCAGAGCCGAAGACUGCUGGCCUCCGCUCACGCCAACCCUGAUGAUGUCCUGACGCUGUCGAGCAGCACCGAGAGCGAGGGGGAAAGCGGGACCAGCCGCAAGCCCGCUGCCGGCCAGGCCUCCGCCGCCGCGGCGGACAGCGAUGACAUCCAGACCAUCUCCUCCGGCUCCGAGGGGGAUGACUUUGAGGACAAGAAGAACAUGUCUGGCCCAGCAAAGCGCCAGGUGGCCGUGAAGUCAACCCGAGGCUUCGCGCUGAAGUCGACCCACGGGAUUGCCAUUAAGUCAACCAACAUGGCGUCCGCGGAAAAGGGGGAGAGCGCGCCCGUGCGCAAGAACACGCGCCAGUUCUACGACGGCGAGGAGUCUUGCUACAUCAUCGACGCCAAGCUCGAAGGCAACCUGGGCCGCUACCUCAACCACAGUUGCAGCCCCAACCUGUUCGUCCAGAAUGUCUUUGUGGACACGCACGACCUCCGCUUCCCCUGGGUGGCCUUCUUUGCCAGCAAGAGAAUCCGGGCUGGCACGGAGCUCACAUGGGACUACAACUACGAGGUGGGCAGCGUGGAGGGCAAGGAGCUGCUCUGUUGCUGCGGGGCCAUCGAGUGCAGAGGGCGUCUUCUCUAGGCCCCGCGCCUCCGCGUCCUCCUGAACUGUCCUCUCCUCAGGAACUGGGUCUUCCUGGCUGUUGAACUCUGACCCCAAGUCUCUAGUCUAGCUACUCCCCCAGCUCCUGACAGCGGGGGUUCUGGAUGAGGAGACUCCUUCCAAUGUGGUGCUAGCAGGCAGGGCCCCUCCUCCACCGCCCAGGCCAAGGGGCAGCAGAGGCUUCCGCUCUGACCCGGGCCUGAGUCCCUCUUCGCGCCCAGCCUCCGUCUGUUCAAGUGUUCAUGCGUCUGACAGAUUCUAUUCCUGGCACGAGGGCUGUGUUGCCAUCGUUGGUUUGUAUUGUUUCUUGCAAGUCUUUAACAUCUUACUCCAACUGAGAUUGUGAUUCCAUUUCUCUCCCUCAGCCCCCAUACUCCCAAUUCUGAGUCUUCCAGCGAGAGACACGCCCCCCUUCUUCCCAUCGGGCCACCAUCGUUGCUCUCAUACCUUCUCUGCUUUUCCUUUUUGCCAUAUGAAAUUUACAAAAAAUGUUACAGAGCUGAGGAUGGCAUGAGGAGACGGUCUUAGUUUAUUUAGUGGAUCCCCCUUCUCAAUUCCUAAUAGUCUGGAACACUUGUUGCCAUGUUUUACUUAAUCUUUAAUAUAUUUUAAUUAAAAAAAAAAAAACAUUAACAGUACAUUUUGGUCAGAAGUGGUCCCUCUGCUGAAAUGCCAGGUGCUAGCUGGAAGUCUGGCUUUAAAACCAAAACCCCAAAUAAUAAAUAAAAAUUAGAACUAGGUGCCUUUCUACAACCCAGCUAGCCUGGCGGAAUAGGCCAGAGAAAGGAGGCAGUAAGAUCGGGGACCUUAGUUGCAGGGAAGGCUGGCAGAGAAGUGACACAAAGUAUGGCCUGAGCCCCAAUAUGGCCCCCAUUUUUUGGCAGAGGUAGGGUAAAGGUCAUAUGCACCCCCCUACACUCAGUUCGUUUGUGUCUUAGGAAGAAAAAGGUUAAAAUCAGAUCAGCUUUGGUUUUUGGCCUGAAAACCUUGGGUCAAAAAGGCGAACCUUGGUCCUUCUUUGGCAGAAUGCGGCCCACAGGUGGACGGUAAGGCGUGACCCUGGCCCUGGAGGCCAGGGAGUCAAAGGCAAAUCUCUGGGGCCAAGUUCUGAAGCCAUAAGGAAUGUGAGUCGUGGCCCCUCCCCCAGAGCCCAGGCAGGGUCUCAAAAGAGGACGGUAAGACCAUCCCCCCCAGCAGGAUACAACCAGCGUCCCCUCUCCCUGGGGACGGGCUGCUCAGAUUUGGUUUAAAGGCAACUGGGUGACAGUGGCAGGGGACAGAACAGCUCCUCACUCUCUGCUUUCUCCCCAGAAAUUAAAGGGACCCCAAGGGGUAGUUCCUUGGCCUUCUGCGUCAUCUGGGGGCAGCAGGGCCGGCGGCUCAGUCCUUCUUUCGAUGGUGGUUGUUGAGGACCAGGUGGCCAUUGACCAGGGCCCGGCUCUUGGCUCCGCUCCCCGCCGCGGGCUCCUCCCCCUCCGAGCUCUCGGUUUCCUCCCGGUCGCUGCGCUCAUCCUCCACCAGCUGUG